UAAAGUACACACAUUUAUUGCUUUGGGAUUAUAUAUUCAGUUGUGUCUUGUAGUAUAUCAAUAUAUAAGUUAUUUAUUGCACGUUGUGUUUAAUUGUCGCCGUUUGUAAAGCUAGUUACCAAAGUAAAAAUCAGCGAUAAGCGUUAGCUGCCCGUUGUUUAACGUCAGCUAGCUAACGGUUAACUGCCGCCAUGUAUCGCUCUUUUUCUCCAAACUCUGUUCGACCAAACCUGCCUUUGAGGAAGCCAUCGUCGAGCCCCAUGGGUCUUCCUCCCAUCGCAUCGACUCCUCCCAGACUCCCCGUACCGCCUGCUACACCUGUUGGCCCCGCGGUAGGCCCCAUUGGAGACGGCCCUAUAAAUUCGCCAGUCAGCAGGGAUCAAUCUGCAGUGUUCGGAUCUAAGCCACCAGCUUUGACUGUAUACUUCUGCAACUACUGUGGUCAGCAAGGAAAUUUUAGAUGUAAGCGCUGCAAGAAGACACCUUACUGCUCUGUGGCUUGUCAGACAGAAGACUGGAAUGCACACAGACACAUGUGCAAGACCGUUGAUCAAGAACCUGCAAAAGAGAAACCGAAGGAAACCACAGCUUCACCAUUGACAGCAGACAGAGCAGGCCUGCUUGAGUCUAAGCAUGAUGAUGCAUCCAUCCUCCAGAGGGUCUAUUUGAAGGACUUGCACAUGACUAAAAUCAUUAAGGGAACAGACAUCCAGGCGUCUGUUGUAGAGUUCUACAGUCCUGGCAGGUUUUUCCUUCUUGCCCAAAGUCCUGAGCUGCUGGAGGCUCUGCAAAGCAUCAGCGCAGAGCUGCAGAAGACUUACAGCUGCCCAUCAGUCAUGACAUAUGUACCUCAUGUUGGAGAGGUUUGCGCAGUUCAGUUCUCUGCUGAUCUGAACUGGUACAGAGGCCUGGUGAAGACAUUGACCGCUGACCAGAAGACCGCUAAUAUCCUUUACAUUGACUUUGGCAAUGAAGAAGAUGUCCCUGUGGAGAGGAUCAAGCCCCUGGCUGCUAAUAUCCAGCUGUUUUGUCCAUGUGCAAUGGAGUGCUGUAUCUCCGGGGUGAUGCCAGUGACUGGCGACUGGUCAGGCGAGUGCUGUAUUGCAUUGAAACAGAUGUUAGCUGGCAAGACGGUGACUGUUAGGCUGGUGGAAACACAAGAAAAUGGUCACAUUCAUGCUGUGGAUAUCCUGCUUUCCAUGGGAAAGCAGUUGAGCAAAUUCCUCCUUGAGCACGGUUACGCAGCAGAGCAAACAGUCAACGUAACACGAACUCAGCAAGACAUAAACGCUAUGGUGAGUGCAUCCUUGGAAAACUUCAAGCGUCUCUCCGAUGGGAAGGAUGACAAUACCUGGGCUAAUCCGCCAGAGCCACUAACACAGGCAGUGGGUGAUGCGUUCUCUGUUGUGGUCACCCACCUUCAGUCACCCGAUGACGUUAUUGUACAGAAGGUGGAGAAUGCUAGAGUGAUUCAGGAUUUGCAGCUGAAGCUGAGAGAACACUGCAUUCAGGCUGCAGCCCCUAAGAAUUUCAGGCCAGCCCCUGGCACAGUUUGCUGUGCACAGUUCUCAGAGGAUAAGCAGUGGUACAGAGCUAAAGUUCUGGCUUAUUCAUCAGAGAAGCGUGUCUGCGUCGGCUACCUUGAUUUUGGAAACUCUGAGGAGGUGGAUUUAGGCCACUUGCAGCCUAUUAGCGCUUCACUACUGGCCCUACCUAUGCAGGCAAUUCCUUGUGGUUUAGCAGGGGUGCAGCCUGUUGGGGAGAGCUGGUCCGAAGACUGCCUUCUGGCACUGCAACGGAGGGUUUCAAACCGAAUACUGCACAUUGAGAUCCAGGGAGCGCAGGAUGGCAAGGCUUUGGUAGCCAUGAUUGAUGAGGCCAGUGAUCCGCAGGCCAAUGUGGCCGAGCUGUUGACCUCUGCCGGUUUCGCUGCACCUGCUCCUCCUCCCACCAGUGGUGACCAUCAGGUGGAACCGACAGCUGCUGCUGCUGCAGAACCACAUGUGCCUUCCCCAGCCAGUGAGACUCUGGUGUGGUCUUGUAUUGAGCUUCCCAGUGACGGCCAGACAGUGGCACUGCUAGCUAGUGUUGUGGAGAACCCUUCAGAGUUUUACUGCCGCAUCAACAAUCCUACAGACCAUCAGCUGCUGAUCAAGCUGGGGGCUGAGCUAAAACAGCAUUGUGAGACAGAGGCAUCGCCUUUUGUGCCCAAAGUGGGGGAGCCAUGUUGUGCCAUGUUUCCUGGUGAUGGAGAGUGGUAUCGUGCUAUGGUAAACGAGCUAUCUGAAGAGGUGUCUGUAAACUUUGUGGACUAUGGUUAUAGCAUGAAAGUGGAUAAGAACCACCUUCGAUCCAUUACACCCCAACUCCUGACUCUACCCUACCAGGCAGUGCGUUGCUGGCUCACAGGUGUGGAGCCCCUGGGAUCAGAAUGGAGCAGUGAAGCCCUCCUGUGGUUCCAGACUCGGGUGGAUGGCGAGCAGCUCUCUGCACGUGUCCUUUCUGUCACUGAACAAGGCUACGGUGUGGAGCUGGAGAGCAGAGGGCAGAAUGUGGCAGAUGCCCUCAUUUCUGAGGAACUAGCCAAAGCUCCUGGAACGAUAUCCAAAGAGAUGCAUGCGACCGCAGGCUCUGGAGACCAAAAAAAAUUGCCAGAAAAGGAGUACAGGCAAAUACAUGAGCAAGCCUCCAACCAAACAGGAGCCAGGUCCAAAGACAUACCAACUGAGGGACGGACUUCAACUACAUCAGAGGCUCCAUCCUUCCCAGUGGAUUGGAAGAUGGUAGAGCUGCCUCUCAACGAAACCUUUCAGCCUUGCAUUGUAGCAAUCACUGGUCCUUCCCUCUUCUAUCUGCUCAGUCCCAACCAAGUGGACCAGCAGAAGCUUCAAGAGGUGAUGAUGGAGGUGGCUGCCUACUGCAGCAACAUUCAGGCUUCUUUAUCCUCCACUGUCCUGAGCAGACCAGCUCCAGGGGCUGCCUGCUGUGCCAAGUUCUCUGCUGAUGAUAAAUGGUACCGUGCUGUGGUUCUGGAGGUUGGUGAGAACGAAAUGAGUGUCAUCUAUGCAGAUUACGGCAACACUGAGAAGGUGCCAUUCUCUCGGAUCUUGCCCAUCCCCAUGUACCUGCUGCAGCUCCCCUUUCAGGUGUCUCGCUGCGCCCUCAUUGGUAAGGAACACUUCCCUGCAGAGUUUCCAGAAGAAGUGCUGCAGAUGUUUCAAAGCCUGCUUUUGAGUGGCGUCACUGCUACUGUCAAGUCAUAUGAUGGCUGUGUUCACAUGCUCUCACUCACUUGGCUCACUGAGAAUGGUGGGGGGGACGUCACCACCAUGAUCAUAGAUGCAAUACAGGCGCAGGCCAAGAGUAAUCCUUGUCCAUCCACCACCCAGAAGGCAGAGCAAAAGGUCAGCAGCACAUCUACUGCGAGCGCUACAGUACCUGACAGUACCCAGCCCCUGUCCAAACAGGAAACCCAAAAAGGGCUGCAAAAUACAACAACUACCAGCAGCCAAACCAUAACCCCAGAGCUGACACCCCAGUCUCCCCAGCAGAAGAAAACCACUCCUACUGCAUCAGUCAAUGAAGAUCCAGUUGAGAAGAUUAUUAAGCAAAUGGAGCCUCCAUGCGAAAUCACAAAAACUAAAGAUGCUCAGACCUCUGGCUGCUGCUGUCUGAACCUGAAAACCAAGAUUGACCACCUGGAACAGUUGAUGCAGCUGCAGCUUUCUCUCAUCAAGCAGAUAGUGGGACAGACAAAAUAAGAUUACAUAACUUCAAAUUCUUGUUCUCCAACUUCAAAAUCAAGCCUCUUGUGUUUUUUCCAACCAUAUUUCUUUAAAACAAGUUCGCUCUUAAUGUGGCCUCCAGAAGCAGCCACCCAGCUUGUAAUUUUAAUUUUGUCAC